GAGACACUGAACUCUUCUAAACACUUCUCUGGACUUCAUCUCCUCGGUGAUCUCGGUUUACCUCCAUCACACAAAGAUGUCUUGCUAUCCAGAAUGCGGGGUGGCCCGACCCAGCCCAGUUUCCGGCACCUGCAACGAGCCGUGCGUGAGGCAGUGCCCUGACUCCGAAGUGGUGAUCAGACCCUCACCGAUUGCCGUGACCAUCCCAGGGCCCAUUAUGAGCACCUUCCCUCAGCAGAGUGAAGUGGCAGCUCUAGGAGCCCCUGUGGUGGGAUCUGGCUAUGGUGGCUCAUUUGGUGCAGGAGCACUCUCCGGAUAUGGAGCGGGAGGUUAUGGGGGGCUCUGUGGUUAUGGGGGAGGUUAUGGGGGGCUCUGUGGUUAUGGGGGAGGUUAUGGGGGGCUCUGUGGUUAUGGGGGAGGUUAUGGGGGGCUCUGUGGUUAUGGGGGAGGUUAUGGGGGGCUCUGUGGUUAUGGGGGAGGUUAUGGGGGGCUCUGUGGUUAUGGGGGAGGUUAUGGGGGGCUCUGUGGUUAUGGGGGAGGUUAUGGGGGGCUCUGUGGUUAUGGGGGAGGUUAUGGGGGACUCUGUGGUUAUAGGGGAGGUUACGGUUAUGGAGGAGCAUGUGGCACCGGGGUAUCUUGUCAUCGGUACCUGAGUGCAUGCGGCUCACCAUGUUAGACACAGCAGGAAACUCUAUGGCCAAAGGAAAGACCAGGAAAUGAACAGCAACUGAUAUAUUACAAUAUCGAUUUUAGAAGGGCCAUGCCAGCCUGACUCCAGCUUAUCUCAAUGCGAGCUCUAUCUGCCCAGCCCCUUUCUCUCAUGGACCUAUCUCUAAUGUCUUUCUAGGAACUCUUUCUGCCAAUGCUUUCCCAACCACAUGCUUCUCCUAGGUUAUAUGUGCACUCGGUUUGAAUUAUGCUCACCGUGUUUAACUAGGAAACAGGGGCCUUAGGAAAGGCAGAAGUUGCAUUGAUUAAUUUUUUGGCCAACCUUGCAACUGAAAGAAAGGAAAAAGAGCUUCUCGGAUUAAAUAGCCCAUAUUAAAGCAGUGGGGGAACAUUCUGUCUGUUUUGUAUUAUCGCUUCCAGUAAUUGUGUAAAUUCAAAUAAAAAACUCUGCUGUAUCUGAA